GAAGAAAGAUUCUUCGUAAACAUAGAUCAUAUAUUGGUAUAAAAUCGUAACGACUCACAAGAAAAUUAUUCGUAAGACGUGCACGUAUCCCGGUAGUUCGUCACCGUUUAAGGAGAGCAGAAUGCGAAACAUUUACUGUUUAGACUAUACUGUUUAUGCAACACAUACUCCACGUGUAAGGUAUCGAAUGUAAAAUUUAAAGAACGACGUUCAUUUGUAAUAUUUCAAACGUGCUUAUCGAAAAUCGUUCCAAUUCAUCGACUGGAAAAGCUAUAAAAGAUGAAAGAGUAUUUUUUAAGAGAUCCAGUUUUGUCAACAUGCGUUCCAAGAGAAUUCUCUUCUUUUUAUGUCUCGGGAGUCUGACGUCGAAGAUCUUUGCAAGUAGUAACACUCGUCAAUUGAAAUCAUGGACUAACGAUUCGUUGAAGACAUUUAUAAGUUCCAAACAGGUGAAUCCAGCUGAACGAGCGAUUGAACAUUUUUUAACAAAAUUAGCUGGCCCGAUAUCAGGACCGAUAGCUCUACGAAGUACUUCUAAUGAAAAAUAUGGCCUUCAACGAACGAUUUCCGAAGUUUGUCACGUGGUACGAAGAAAUUUAAUGAAUUUUGCUGAAACCUGUGGAUUAACGUCAACCGUUCAUCGAUAUAAACAAAAUUCGGCUAUUCGUAAUAUCAAAUCUAACGAUUGGCUCCCCGAAGUUUUACUUCGAGGUUCAUUAUUACUACACGAUUUAGGAGGAAUCACAGAAGAAGUGACGUCUUCCAUUAAUCGUUAUCUUUAUAGACACAAUCUCAGUCUAUCUAAAAAUAAAGUGUCAAAUGCAACAGAAAAUCCUCGAUUUUUAGGAACGAUCGAUGAUCUUUCAGAGUUCAGUGAUCGAUUAUGCGAUUGCACGAAAUCGAAAACAAGGAACAGUCGAAACCGAAUCUCUAUUCUCAGCAAAGCUCUUGCUAACUUGGCAAAGGAUUCACCUAAACAUACUCUGAGAGUUCUUGGAUCUCGUUUGGAGGUUGCUUUAGCGAACGGUUCAUCGAAUAGUGGUUCAUCUCUAGGUCAACUACACGUUCUCUUUUGUAACCUUGUUUCCAAUAGCUCUGGUCGUUUAAAUCGUGAUUGUAUCACGGAAUUCAAAGAUCUUAGUGAGUGUUUGUUUACUCAGAAACGUAAUUCUACAAAACGUUCGAAUAACGGGAUCAAUAAUCAUAAGGAUUUCCUGAGAAAUCAUUGGUUAAGCGGAAUCGAAGAUAUAAGUAAUUGCAUCGCUGUAUUCGAUGACGAUGGAAAUGCGAAUGUAAAGUGUAAAACGAAACGAAGAAUACCUAAAGAUCCUACUCGUCGAAUAAAAUACGUUUAUGAGAGUCUAUUAGGACAAAGAUUAUCAAAAAGAUCACCUUUGCAUCGAGUUGCGAGUAAUCUAGGCAAUGUUCUUUCGACGAUGCCUUGGGGUAAGCAACUCAUCGAUGAGACGAGUUAUUAUCUUUCGAUUUAUCAAGAUGGAGUCAAGAAGAUCAACAGAUUGUCGAAACUUCAAAAGAGAAAUGAAAAAGUAGCUGCAAAAUAUAAAAGAGUAUCUAAAUCUUUGGCAUUGUAUAAAAGAGGUUUACUUUUGAAAACGUUGGAAGCGAUCGAUAAUAUUCAUCGCACGAUGAUCGAAUUCGAGAAGAUCGUUGUGAACGGAAUUAAAACGGCGAUGAACGAGAAUUGGUAUGGUCAUCUUCGCAUUUUGAGCUGUGUUUCCGAUUGGAUGACAAAGCUUUUUUUAGUCUACGAUUACGAAAAAGAAAAGAAAAAUGAGACGAUAUUGUCGACUACCUCGCAGCCUUUUUUGUCGAUAGAAUCGGAUGAAAAUUCUUAUGAAUUAUCCGAUCUAUUAUCCGAUGAAGAAGAUGAUAGCGAAUAUGAAGAAACUGCUUUAAUUACGACGAAAAAAGCGAUGAAAGAAGCUGCGGAUAAAUCUUUCGAAAAGUUAAUUCGAUCGAUGAAUCGUGUAAACGUCCGCACGGCGUACGAGAAAAGCAUCCUGGUUAAUCUCGCGAAUAAUUUAUUGCUAACGGCUAUGUUCAUGGAAACUAUCGGUUUCAUUUCUGUGUUGUUCUCUCUCGGGAAUGCUAAUAAAGAGGAAAUGAAUUCGUUCGAAAUAAGAGACAAACGGUCACAAAAACGCAAACGUAGAUCCUUGAUCUUCGAAGAUAAUCCACGAAAUCGAAUCGAUUUAUCGCAAAAUGAAGAUAUCUCUCUUCAAAUGGAAACGCUUCGAAAAAUGAUGUUUAUGUACGACGAUAAAAAAUAGAUAUAAGAGCUUGUGAAUGAAAUAAUUAUCAGGAAUAAAUAUAAAUAAUGUAUAAAUAAAA